GGCAAACUUCAUGGACACCAAAGUUAAACACAGGCUGCACCUCACCGCAGUGUCCCAAUUUUCAAAAUGAUGUUCAGGUGGCUUUUGAUCGGGCUCGGGGUUCUGGCGCACAAGGGCUGUGCAGGCAGCGAGAGCGACGACAAGUAUUACGAUUACAUCGUCGUCGGCAGUGGACCUGGAGGAGGGCCUCUCGCAAGCAACCUAGCACGGGCGGGUUAUUCUGUCUUGCUGCUCGAGGCGGGGAGUGAUCAAAGCAACAACACCAAUUCUGAGAUUGUCUCAUUGUUUGGGGUUGCUUACACCGAUCCCACUCUGCGCUGGGACUUCUUCGCCUUCAACUUUGCAAACGAGACGCGGAACUUGCAGCACAACCAUCUGACCUGGCGCCGUCCCGAUGGCUCGUUCUAUGUCGGCCGGGACCCGCCCCCUAAUUCGACCCUGCUGGGGAUCUAUUAUCCUCGCGGCGGUACUCUGGGGGGAAGCUCUGCCGUCAAUGCUAUGUCGACGAUCUACCCUAGCGAGAGUGAUUGGCAAAACAUUGUUGACUUGACUGGUGACACAACAUGGAGCCCAGAACAUAUGCGAGAGAUUUUUGAGCGCAUCGAGAAGAACCAUUACCUGACCCCUGGGGCUCCAGGUCACGGAUUCAACGGCUACCUCGACACGAUUAUGAGCACCGAGACCUCCUGGGCUGGUCAGAACGAUCUUCUAGCCGUCCUCGGAGCCAUCUCUGGGCACCUUGGCCAGAGCCCAAGCGACAUCGCCACCAAUGUGCUCGCAGACCCCAACGGUCCUAUUCCGGAGCGCGACCAGACCGAGGGCAUUUUCGGCAGCCCACUGCACGCGGACGCAGCAUGGAGACGCUUCAGUUCCCGCGACUAUAUCCUCGAGACCGCCAGGGCGGUGGGUCCGGAUGGGCAGAAGCAGUACCAGCUCACUGUCCAGCUCGAAACGUUGGCCACCAAGGUGCUCUUCGCCGAUGUAGACGACCCGCAGAAGAAGCCUAGGGCGAACGGCGUCGAGUUUCUUCAAGGGCAGAGUGUAUAUAGCGCAGACCCCCGCCACACAGCUUCUAACCAGGGAACCACCGGGCGUGCGUAUGCGCGCAAGGAGGUGAUCCUCUCCGGUGGCACUUUCAACUCGCCACAGCUGCUUAAGCUCUCUGGCAUCGGGCCCGCGUCGGAGCUUGCCCAGUUCGACAUCGAUGUGGUUGUCGACCUCCCCGGAGUUGGCGCGAACCUGCAGGACAAUUACGAGGUGCCUGUUGUGGGACACGCUGCCCGGGACUUCCAGCAGCCCGCACCCGAUCCGGACGCUCCGACGUGCACUUACGGGGCGCCGGGCGACCCCUGCGUAGAACUCUGGAAGCAGGGACGAGGGCCCUACACGGUAGGACCUCCCUUGGACAGCAUCUUCCGCAAGAGCGCUCAUGCUGCCUACGACGAGCGCGACUUUUUCUUGGUUGGCGGUACCUUUGCUCUGCGCGGGUUUUGGCCGCCCACUGACUCGGUACCGGCCGACCCCCCAAACACGUUUGGGCUGUCAACGGUCAAGAUCAACCCGCAGAGCCGAUCGGGCACCGUCUUGUUGAGGAGCGCCGACCCCCGAGACACACCCGAGAUCAACUUCCACCUGUUCGAAGAGGACAACGCAGGCACUGAACUCGAUCUGAACGCCGAGCUUGACACGGUCAAGUGGGCACGCCGUGCAUUUGCUGACGUUCCUGCUCCGCUGGGGCCCAUUAUCCCGGUUGAACCGCCCUGCCCGGGAACGCCGGCUGCGGACGGCACUUGCGACGACGAGGCCGACCGGGAGUGGAUCAAGAAUCAGAUCUUUGGACACCAUCCCACAAGCACAUGUGCUAUCGGCGCCGACAGCGACCCCCUGGCCGUACUGGACUCUAAGUUUAGAGUCCGUGGCGUCCGAGGUCUUCGAGUCGUCGAUGCGAGCGCGUUCCCUCGCGUUCCCGGUCCGUUCCCUGUUCUCCCGAUAUUUAUGCUCAGUGAGAAGGCAACUGAGAGCGUUUUGGAGGACGCGGAAGAAUGGUGACCAAUAGCAGAGUGCGGAGAAGUCUGAGAGAGACUCUGGCAGCAGAGUCCCUUGCACUUUAAUUACUUGAUACUCCAUAUACCGUUUCGGCCACUCAGAUUCUAGGGGCAGGGCGGGAGCAGAGGCGAAGAUUGGGUUGUAGAAUAUGAGGAGCUAGGGUUGUUAAA